AUGACGCGGACGAAAACAGAUGACGCGGACGAAAACAGUGAUGAUGUGGACGAAAACAGUGACGAUGUGGACGAAAACAGUGACGAUGUGGACGAAAACAGUGAUGAUGUGGACGAAAACGGUGAUGACACGAACGAAAACAGUGAUGACCCGGACGAAAACAGUGAUGACGCGGACGAAAACAGUGAUGAUGUGGACGAAAACAGUGACGAUGUGGACGAAAACAGUGACGAUGUGGACGAAAACAGUGACGAUGUGGACGAAAACAGUGAUGAUGUGGACGAAAACGGUGAUGACACGAACGAAAACAGUGAUGACCCGGACGAAUACAUCGACCACGCCGACAAAAAUACACAAAUGGGAUGGACAUGUAUAAAUAAUUCUCCUUGUGUAAUAUCGACAACUUCCUGA